AAUUUUUCUGUAAAUCUAAAACUAUUCCAAAAUGUAAAGAUGAGAGAGAGAGACUGAUCUGGAGCUUGCCCUUGAGCGUUGGAGCUGCCCAUACCCCUUCCCGAGACUGGAGGAUCUUCUCCAGGAGAUCUGGCAGACGUGUGAGGGGCUGGAGAUGUGGCUGUUUGGGUUGAUAUGAGGUUGGAGAUUUGGAUUAGGGCCAGGUCUCCUACUUCUGCCAUUUUUGGUCCCCCAAGGGGCUAGUCUCUGUCUCUUCUGCCACAAAUGCACAGCUUCCUUCUCUUUAUGCUCUGCAGAAAGAUGACUCUGUUCCUCCUGCCUCCUCCCCCAAUUCCGCUUUGUCUGGGUUUGGAGAGCAGGGACGGGGAUGUGGCCUGGUAAAUGUGGGCUGCCAUGGAUAUUCAGGUGCCUGAGGGGAAGGCCUGGUCAUUAUAAAUCCUUUUUAUGUAAGGCAGACACGAUAAUCUACCACACAGGUCCUUGGACUCUAAUUGAGAUAGAAAAUUGGGCUGGUAAAGUGUGGCUCCAGAGGAAUAGGAACAAGAGGGAUGGCAAAAUCACUCUUGUUGGAUCCAGUUCCUCCUCAUUUCCCAGCAGCUGUGAAUGAAGACCAUCUAGAGAGGAGCCGUCCCUGUCCCUCUGUCCACAUCCUGCUCCUGUUUCCCUUGGCAGCCUAGGAGCUUCCCAAGGGCAAGGACCGGUGCUUCUGGUACUCAGCGAGGGGGAAGAGACUAUAGGUGGAAAGAAAUACCAAAAGGGUUUUAUGAUGUAGCAGAAAGAGCCAGAUUCUAGGAGUCAAGAGACUUUUAUCUUAAAUCCUGACUCUGCCACCAUUUCCCUGGUGGCCUUAGACAAGUCACUUUCACUCCCUAUAAAAUGAGAAGUUGAACUAGAUGAUCUUAAAGAUCCCAUCCAUCUUGAAAAAGUUUAUUACAUUUCAUGAGGAGAGGGACCAUAUUUUAUUUGUUUUUGUCUCCCCAGCAUAUGGCACAAUGCCUGGCACAUAAUUAGGGUUCUCAGGAAAUGCUCUGAUUAGAGUGAAUGAAUGAACUACUAGAAAAAGGUAAGGGCCCAAAGCGAAGUUCUUAGACUUGGCCAGCUGGUGGCAUCACCUCUCUGCAUAACCAUAAGGGGGUGUUAGUCUCAGACCAAGGGAAAGGAUUUGGAUUAGAAAUGAGUAGAGGUAAAAAAAGGAAUGAUUAGAGGACCAGAUAUUUCAAAUGGAUAGCAGAACCCUGGAGUUCUGACUCAACUUCCUUUCUCCAAGCCAAGAGAAAAUAAAUCUAAUGCAUUAAACAGACAUCUUCACUGCCAGAUUGGCAAGGUGACGCCGGACGGGUGGAAGAGUAAACAUGGCCCGGAGGCGGAGGAACUGGUACGAAGUCACACAGGAGCAGUCCAGGAGGUCAGGAGGUAGCCCAUCUGACUCAGCUGAACUUGGACUGGCCACACCCCUUCUGCCACCCCUUUCACACCCAUUCCUUGCUGAAAAACCCAAACAUCCCGGCACCCAAUCUGGAUCUCUGGGUGUCUUCCAUAGGGUUCAUCAAACACACUGCUGAUUGAUUGUCCCGAGGGCCCCUCUCCUCCCCCAGCACUCCAAGGGAACUGAACACCAAACAUCUCAGAGGGCAGGAAGGUGUUGAAUAUUUUGGAAUCCUUGAAAAAGCCUCACUCUUUUAUCUACCCACCUCCCACCCUCUCUUUUUCCCUAUCACAGCAAAUUCUGCAAAGCAUAGCGAUAUGGGCAUAAAAGGGGAGGACCCAAUGAGGCAUUUUUUCCAGUGAGGGCUGAGAUCAUGGGGAGACAGGAUGAGGUGUGGUGAGGAUGUAUCUCAGGGUCCACAGCUCUGGAAUGGGGUUUGGGGACUGGAGGAGAGAGUGGGGGUGCUGUUGACCUCUGACUCCAUGGACUAGAGCAGGAAAGGGUGAAAUGGCAGUGGGAGUGAUAGAGGUUAGCAGGACUACUUCAUGCUCGGGAGCAGGAACAGAACUGCGGGCAUGCCCCAGGUCCACUCAGGUCUUCACGGGCCAUGUUCCCAGUGAGGAGGGAACAGGAAGCUGUGACUUCCUCUCUCCUUUCCUCCCCGUCCUUAGCCUCAAGGUCACUUGUUGCUGCAAUGAAUUCCAACCUGUGUUUUAGUUGGCGCUGUUCCCUGGGCAUGGUGAUAAUAGCUGCUCGGUACCCUGCUCCCUUUCACUACAGACACCCCAAACUUUUCCUUUGAGAUAAUAAUCAUUUAUGAAAAACAGUAACAUACAAAGUGCUUUUUCACAUGUAUUAUCUCAUUUCAUCACACCAAUCCUGCGACGCUGUGAUAUUAUCUGAAAAUUUUAAGCAACGAAACUGAGUCUCAGGGGAGUAAAGUAACUCACCCAAAGUCACACAGCUAGUGAGUAGCAGAUCUGGGACUCCAGAACCUCUGCUCUCUCUCUCAGACAUGCAUUCUGGGUCCCUGCCUCUAGCCCCCUUCCAGGCCCCUUCCCCUGGCCCCAAGGAGCACUUUCUGCAGAGAAGGGGGCCCCUGCACACUGUUAGGAGUAGAGGGGGCUCCAGUUUAGUUCCUGUCAUCCCUGAGAUGGGGUAUCUCUGGCCCUCUCCCCACAGUGGAGGCUUGGUGCUGCUCUCCAUAGUUAACUCCCCUUUCUCCCCUCCCUUUCUGCCACAUAGAGCCCUUCCUACACACACACACACACACACACACGCACACGCGCACACACACGCACGCACACACGCACGCAGGCACACAUUUAUGUUUGGGCCCUCCCUUACCCUGCCCCACCCACCACCCAACAGGGAAGAGGCAGGUUGUCCCAUCCACACCCCUCCCUCUGAGGUGUGGGCGUGGGCCAGGGCUCCUGGCAGCUUGAGGCCCUGAGAGAAGCACUCAGAUCUAGAGGUUCCUGCUGAGAGCUGUAGGUGGCCCUGCCAGUCUGGCAGGCACUUGCUGGCCCCUCUGCCUGGCACCACUGACUUUGGAUGCCCUGCGAUGCCCACACCCAAUACUUCUGCCCCGCUGCCUGCAUUCCGGGGCAACACCUCUGGAGGCAGCGUGCUGAGUACUGAUGAUGCUGCGAUGCCUGUUGAAUUCCCAGCCCUGAGGGUUGUGGUUGCCCUGGCCUACGGGCUUGUGGGGGCUGUCGGCUUGCUGGGAAACUUGGCCGUGCUGUGGGUGCUGGGUAACUGUGCUCGGCGAGUUCCUUCCGACACUUUUGUCUUCAACCUGGCUCUGGCAGACCUGGGGAUGGCACUUACUCUCCCCUUCUGGGCAGCUGAGUCAGCACUGGACCUCCACUGGCCCUUCGGAGGUGCCCUCUGCAAGAUGGUCCUGACGGCCACUGUCCUCAACGUCUAUGCCAGCAUCUUCCUCAUCACGGCGCUGAGUGUUGCCCGAUACUGGGUGGUGGCCAUGGCUACAGGACCAGGCACCCACCUAUCACUCUUCUGGGCCCGUAUGGCCACCCUGGCAGUGUGGAUGGCAGCUGCCCUGGUGACAGUGCCCACGGCUGUCUUUGGGGCUGAGAGUGAGGUGUGUGGCGUGCGUCUGUGCCUAAUGCGCUUCCCCAGCAAGUAUUGGCUGGGAGCCUACCAGCUUCAGAGGGUGGUGCUGGCCUUCAUGGUGCCCCUGGGCAUCAUCACCACCAGCUAUCUGCUGUUGCUGGCCUUCCUGCGGCAGCGGCAACGGCGUCGGCAGGACAGCAGGGUUGUAGCCCGCUCUGUCCGCAUCCUGGUGGCCUCCUUCUUCCUCUGCUGGUUCCCCAACCAUGUGGUCACUCUCUGGGGCAUCCUGGUGAAGUUUGACCUGGUACCCUGGGACAGCACUUUCUACAUCAUCCAUUCCCAAGUCUCCCAUGUCACCACCUGCCUGGCACACAGCAACAUCUGCCUCAACCCUGUGCUGUACUGUCUCCUAAGGCGGGAGCCACGAAGGGCCCUGGCAGACACCUUCAGGGAUCUGCGAGCAAGACUGUGGCCCCAGGGCCGAGGCUGGGUGGAACAGGUGGCCCUAAACGAGGUAGGCAGGAGGUGGGUUGGAAGUACCCCCUAGGAGAGUUGCCCUUUUACUAUGCUGCUCACCAAAUUAGACAAAAGGACACCUGAGUGAUGGGUGCAAGCUAAACACUCUCCUCCUUCUGGGGUCUGCCAGGUGCAGGAUGCUCACCUUAUAGGGAGAAGGGGGCCUGCCUCUCUACCUGGCUGCGUUGCCUGAGGGAAUGUCUGCUCCUUGAUCUCACUGUGGGUGUGUGGUGGAGUGGGAGAGGCCUGGGCCCAGGUCACUCUGGGUAUGACAAAGCUUGUCUCCAUUUGGAGGUGGGAAAGAAGAGGAUCUGAGAAUAAACCUCUGGAUCAUUCACAAAUUGUCUUGACCCUUAAUCCCAGUUCCACCUCCAGUUAGUGUGGACAAAAGGAUUCUUUGCCCCAUUUCUGCCUCCUGUGAGAAUUCCCAGGAAAUUUUCCCAAGGUUUCUAGACUCAUGGAUCAGAGGUCAGUGCCUAUCUCCCUCUGUCUGUCCCCUCCCCAUCCCCUCACCUCAAACGGGGUGUGCUCUUGUCCUCCUCUGGUGCCAGGGCCCAAAAUGCUCUCCUCUCCUGGCCAUCUCCACCUUUUUACCAUCUCAGUGGUUCCUACAGAAACUUGGUGCUUACAGACCUCAGCUGCAAAAGCUGUAGUCCCCUUGCUGGGAGAAGGCACAUGGGGUCUUGUUGGAUCCCUGGCAUCAGCCAAGCCCCAAGUGUAGAACCCUGGUCCUGGCUGGGAGGACCUGUGUGUCUCUCUUUAAAUCAAGAUUUGGAGGGAAAAGUGAAGAUAAGCCAAGGGUGUGAGUGGGGCAUAGGGAGGUGAGAGAUGGGGAAGGGAGUUGGGAGAAGAGGAGGCUGAAGGUGCAGCCAAAGAAGUGGAAACCACAGAAAGUGGUGCUAGUCUUCCUCUCCACCCCAAGUGCUUAGCUCAGAGUAUCAGAGCUAAAGGUGUCAGAGCACCUGGAUUCACAUGCCAGCUCUGACACUAACUGGCUGAGGGACCUCAGUAAAUUGCUUUACUUCUGUUUUCUCAUCUGUAAAAUGGGCUGUUGAGAACUCGGCAGUGCCUGAAAUAGAGUAUUAGCUGUUAUUCUCACACAUCAUGUAAAAUGGAGACAAAAAGGAAGAGGACGAAAUAAGGUGGCAGCUGGGAGACGGGGACAGGGAGCCAAAAAGGUCUUGUCUGGAAUGAUUGUUACACGUUCUAGAGUGAAAUGAGUUUUACAUAAAGGAGUGAGUGAGGGGUUGGCCCCUCAAGCCCCUCUUGAAAGUGUGUUCUCCAGGGCAGGGGGCUCCCCUUUGGUUUCUGUGUCCGUAGAGACCCAGCAAUGACAAAGCUUAGCCAUUAGAAUGGACUUUCUUGGGGGGCGGCCCCUGGCAAGGAGGGAGGUAUAGAGGGAAGAUGGGGCGAAGCUCCCACUCACAUUGCCCUCCCGCUGCCCCAACGUGCCUUAGAGCCCAGAACAACUCAGGCCACUCAGGAUCCCAGAGCAACAGCUGGGAGCUGCACCUGAGCGGUGAAGCCUGCGGGGGGGUGGGGGGGGUGGCGGGCGGCCUGCAGGCGCCCUCUGCCCCAGCUCCAUCCAGUUGCUGAGCAGAAGAGGCUCUAAACAACCACCCAAUUCACAACACAUUAAGCAAUGUUAAAGACAUUUAAUUAGCCUCUUGAUGUUUAAUUUCCUUUUUUUUGAUAAUGUUUAAACUGGUUCCAAAACUCCAGGUCUGUACCCAGCCAAUUCAGGAUGGAAAAUCCCCCCCAGCUAGGUACCCCUCUUGCCACCCCCUGCAGUUCCUCCGAUGGCCUUGCUAGGCUCCGGAUAUUGGCUCCUCUGGGAGCAUUUCUGCUUUAUGGGACCCAGAGGUCAAUAUUGACAAAGUUUAAAGAGGUCCAAGUCAGAGAUGAACCAAUGCACGCAGAUCUCCUCUUGGAGAGGGGUGGGAGAGGUGGGGGAGGGUGCAAUGGAGGAGGGCUGGGCCUCGCAGGCUUGGAGCUCCUCUCGGACCGGAAAGAAGGCAUUGUUGUGGCGAGAAGCUGGGCCCUGGCUUCCUGGAGCAUGAAGCCAGAG